AUGGACGUGCUGCCCAGCUACAGCAUCUUCCAGGAGCUGCAGAUAGUGCACGACACGGGCUACUUCUCUGCAAUGCCAUCCCUGGAGGAGACCUGGCAACAGAUCUGCCUGGAAAUGGAGCGGUACCUGCAGACGGAGCCCUGCAUGGGAGGCCGGUGCCCGGCGAGCAGCACAGGAGAGAAGCCGUACAAGUGCUCUUGGGAAGGGUGCGAGUGGCGCUUUGCGCGGAGUGAUGAGCUCACACGACACUACCGCAAGCAUACAGGAGCGAAGCCUUUCAAGUGCGCACACUGCGACAGGUCUUUCUCCAGGUCAGACCACCUUGCCUUGCACAUGAAAAGACACCUAUGA